CUUGCCCCGCCUAAGAACCAACACGGAUACACAACAUAUCUUUCUACCACACUACAAAAAUACAAACGAAAGUGUUAUUUUUUUAUUUGUGGGAAAUUACGGUAUCUAUUUUCUUCCAAAGCUAAUGAUAAUUCUUAGAAAAUAGGGACUCCUCUUCGCGGAAUAAUCCACAGGGGCGUGGCCAACUCGCGAGUCGGGGUAUCUUCUCCCCAACCACUACGCUUAUUUUAAUUAUUGCAGACGGAAAUUGAAGACUAUUGACAUAGUAAAUAGCUCUGGGUGGCUUGAAACGAAAGUUUAACUUUGAGAACAAACGGGACUUACGGGGGCGGGGGGUCAAAAUAGUUCCGGCGGGGCGGGGCCAUGACCCCUGACGUCGACGGCCGGGCGCGCUGUUCAUUUGGCGGUUCCGGUCCCGCUCUCACAUUGGGGCGCGAUGUGGGAGCGGCUGAACUACGCGGCAGAGGAGUUUUAUUCUCGUCUCCUUCAGGAAUUUAAUGAAGAAAAGAAAGGAAUCCGUAAAGACCCAUUUCUCUAUGAGGCUGAUGUCCAAGUGCAGUUGAUCAGCAAAGGCCAACCAAACCCUUUGAAAAAUAUUCUAAAUGAAAAUGACAUUGUAUUCAUAGUGGAAAAAGCGCCUUUAGAAAAGGAAGAAACAAGUCAUAUUGAAGAACUUCAAUCUGAAGAAACUGCCAUAUCUGAUUUCUCUACUGGCGAAAAUGUUGGACCACUUGCUUUAACAGUUGGGAAGGCAAGGCAGUUAAUUGGACUUUACACCAUGGCUCACAAUCCUAAUAUGACCCAUUUGAAGAUUAAUCUGCCAGUUACUGCCCUUCCUCCCCUCUGGGUAAGAUGUGACAGUUCAGAUCCUGAAGGUACUUGUUGGCUAGGAGCUGAGCUUAUCACAACAAACAACAGCAUUACAGGAAUUGUCUUAUAUGUGGUCAGUUGUAAAGCUGAUAAAAAUUAUUCUGUAAAUCUUGAAAACCUAAAAAAUUUACACAAGAAAAGACAUCACUUGUCUACUGUAACAUCCAGAGGCUUUGCCCAGUACGAGCUCUUUAAGUCCUCUGCCUUGGAUGAUACAGUCACAGCAUCACAAACUGCGAUCACUUUGGAUAUUUCCUGGAGUCCUGUGGAUGAGAUUCUUCAAAUCCCUCCACUCUCUUCAACUGCAACUCUGAAUAUUAAAGUGGAAUCGGGAGACCCCAGAGGUCCUUUGAAUCAUCUCUACAGAGAACUGAAAUUUCUUCUUGUUUUGGCUGAUGGUUUGAGGACUGGUGUCACUGAAUGGCUUGAGCCUCUGGAAGCAAAAUCUGCUGUUGAACUUGUGCAGGAAUUUCUGAAUGACUUAAAUAAGCUGGAUGGAUUUGGUGAUUCUACAAAAAAAGACACUGAGGUUGAGACAGUGAAGCAUGACACUGCUGCAGUCGAUCGUUCUGUCAAGCGUCUUUUCAAAGUUCGGAGUGAUCUUGAUUUUGCUGAGCAACUGUGGUGCAAAAUGAGCAGUAGUGUGAUUUCAUACCAAGACUUGGUGAAGUGUUUCACAUUGAUCAUCCAGAGUCUACAACGUGGUGAUAUACAGCCAUGGCUCCAUAGUGGAAGUAACAGUUUACUAAGUAAGCUCAUUCAUCAGUCUUAUCAUGGAACCAUGGACACAGUUUCUCUCAGUGGGACUAUUCCAGUUCAAAUGCUUUUGGAAAUUGGUUUGGACAAACUAAAGAAAGAUUAUAUCAGUUUUUUCAUAGGUCAGGAACUUGCAUCUUUGAAUCAUUUGGAAUACUUCAUUGCUCCAUCAGUAGAUAUACAAGAACAGGUUUAUCGUGUCCAAAAACUCCACCAUAUUCUAGAAAUAUUAGUCAGUUGCAUGCCUUUCAUUAAAUCUCAACAUGAACUCUUCUUUUCUUUAACACAGAUCUGCAUAAAAUAUUACAAACAAAAUCCUCUUGAUGAGCAACACGUUUUUCAGCUGCCAGUCAGACCAACUGCUGUAAAGAACUUAUAUCAAAGUGAGAAGCCACAGAAAUGGAGAGUGGAAAUACAUAGUGGUCAAAAGAAGAUUAAGACAGUUUGGCAACUGAGUGACAGCUCACCCGUAGACCAUCUGAAUUUUCACAAGCCUGAUUUUUCGGAAUUAACACUAAACGGUAGCCUGGAAGAAAGGAUAUCCUUUACUAACAUGGUUACCUGCAGCCAGGUGCAUUUCAAGUGAAGUGUGCUGAUGAAGUCCUCUAUAAGCACAAGCCAAAAAGAGAAAGAGAAAAAAAGGUAAUUAUUGUAGAACCUGAAAACAGAAAUAUAUGGAAACCCUCAAAGCAGAAAAGGGAGGAAGAUCCUGAAGAUUCUCUUAUGAAGCUCCAAAAUUGAUGAUCCUGUCUCAGCUCUGCCUCCUCAGGAGGAGCAUUAGUAGAACAGCAGCAAUGAGGAUGCAGAGGGAGCAGACAGUGGGUACCACGAUCUCUGUAACCAUUUGCAUGUGACUUAGCAAGGGCUCUGAAAUGACAAAGAGAACGAGCACCACAAAUGAGAACAGGAUCAUUUUAGUAAAUACAGCUUUAUCCCAAAAGCUUUAACUGUAUUGGAAAAACUUAAAAAAUAGCAUCCUCAAAUUUUCUGACUCUUAUUUGCCGUGAAAUAGAACUUAGUAAAUUAAAUGUUAUUUGAAAAUUUUAUAAGAGCUUUGUAAAUAUUUCAGAAAAUAUGGGAUAAAUGCCUGAAUUUGGUUCUUCUACAGGUGAUAUAAUAAAGUCUGUCUCUCAAUACUUAUACUUUCUAAAUUCAUCUCAAAAUAUUAGCAGCCAUAUUCCACAGUUCCUAUAAUUUUUAUUGGGGGGAAUUUGUGAUAGAAAGUCCUUGGGAAACAUUUCCAGUCUUUCAAAAUGUUAUUGUGUAUCUUAAGAAGUAUAGGAACUUGUAUGUUGAAAUUUUGUAUGGCAAUUCUUGUAUAGUUAAAUAAUAAUCUUUAAGAAUUAAUGAUUAGCAUAUGUUAUGUGCAUUAUUAAUAAAAUAGUGGCCAUUUAUGUAAUACCCACUUUUAGUUUGUGUGCUGGGUACUCUGGUUACUGAGAUAAAUAAGGCGCUGGACAUCCUCACAUGGAGUUCACAGGCUCAUCAGUGAAUUCUGUACCACAUUUCAACCUUGUUUAUUUUAGUUUAAUGGAAUAUACAUUCUUAAUAUUGCCUGAUUAUUUAAAUUUAUUGAGGGUGGGUGCAUGUUGCUUUAUUGGCCUGUAAAAAUAGCUAGUUUGGUAAGACUUGGUCUUACACCUUCCACCUCUGCUACCACAUUAAAGAUGAGUCUGUUAAAAAAGGAAGCGUAUUUCUCUGAUUGCCCUUAUGGAGAAAUAAAGAUAAAAUUCAAAGAAACAAA